AUGAAGUUUCCCAAUAUUUGGCGUAUCUUUGCAUCUUUCCGCACAGAAGAGGAGGAAAGACAACAGUCACGCAAAGCGUUUUUCAACUUGGUAGGGUUUUUGGCAACCUGUGUGGUGUUUUCGUUUGUUGCACAGAAGAAGAUCAAAGCCUAA